AUGAAAAUUCAUCCUGUGUUUCACAUAUCUUUAAUUAAACCACAUAAAACAACAGAUGAAUUUGAAAGAGAAAUACCUCCACCACCUAUUAACACUAAUGAAAAUGAAAAUGAUGAAAUCAAAAAACAACCAUCACAUAAACAUUCUAAUUUGUAUAUUCAAAGUAUAAUUUAUAUAAACGCACUCAACAAUCCAUUGGUGGAUCAAUCUUUAAUGAUAGAUCAAAUGUUAAUUAAUAAAGAAUUAGAACAAAUAAUUACACUUAAAGAAGUGUCACCGUUUUUACCAACAUUUCUUGGAGAACUGGAAAUAGUGACUAAAUUAUCAUCUUGGUAUGAAUUAGAACAAUGGGCUUGUAAAAAAUAUUUUUCAGGCUUUGCAGAUAUUAUUUGGCCAGAUCGAUCUGUAUUUGAUAGCUUAAUUGUGAAUUAUCUACAAGACAUUCUUAUACAUUAUUCAUCAUUGUUCCAAGAACCAUACCAUGAAAACUUAUGCAAAGGAGAUGUACAUGACAUUCACAUACUUCCCUUAACAAAACUAUUACGAGGACAUAAAACAGACUUGGGAGGGGAGAUUAGUGGAUUUGAAGUGUUCACAUUUGAAAAUUCUUAUAUAGCUAAUGAGCAUACUAAAAAAUUUAAAAAAGAUGAAUUAAAAAUUGCAUGUUAUACCAGGGAUGAUUUGAUAACUUAUCUUAUGGCUAUACAAACUUGGGGAGCACAACUUUCUGGUACUUUUGAUGGCAAUAGUGGACUCCAUCUCAGUAUUUAUUCCACUAGACAAGUUACGGCUGAAACUGGUGUUGGUUAUACAAGCUUAAGUGCUUGCACAGAAUUGGUUAUUCAGCUAAUG